AUGACGCCCACAUCGGCCACCUUUACGCCCAACCCAGACAACUAUAGCGAUAAUGAGGAUUACUCUGGUGACGCACAGGUAUCUCAGCCGCCUCAAUUUGACGACAUGGGCGCCUCGACGAAUCGAGACUCAGCCAUGAGUCUUAUUGAUCUUGAUGCCUCCUUAGCAGAUGAUGGGGGGUACAGUGCCCCUGGUUCCUUUGUACCAAGCUCGCAUAUACGAUCGUCCGACUCGGUACACGGAUCUCUAUCAUUUGACUUGGAACUUGAAGCUGAGGCAGAAACAAACACAAGAGAGCCCUCUCUAUACAUAGACGAUGACAUGGAGUCUGUCCCUUCCCUAACACGGCAAUUGAGCGACCUGCAGAGCACGCCUACGACUCCUGACGAGAGACCAAAUAUUGCAUGGGAAUCAUCUGGUUUGGGGAUCGUGACGAGUGCUCGGAACUCCAUGAUGCUUUCCCUCCCGCCCCUUCCCAGUGCUCCCUCGCCAAACGUUCUUCAAGGCUUGGGCUCACAAGAAGACUUGAAGAACGAACUAUACCACAUGAUAUCAAGCAUGAGAGAACACCUCCAGUACGCGAAUGACUGGCUGAAAACUUUUGAUACCCCUACACAUGAAGAAGACGACGAAGAUCACCACGACGAAGAGGAGGAGGAAGAGGAAGAAGACGCAUAG